AAGUGUCUGCGGCUGAACCCCGAUGUCCCCAUCUGGACCUCCAAGCAGCGCAUCCUUUGCACCCUGAACCACAGCCUGAAGGACGUCCUCAACUAUGGCCUCUUCCAGCCGGCCUUCAACGGCCGGGCGGGGAAGUUCCUGGACGAAGAGCGGCUGCUGAGGGAGUACCCCCUCAACCCGGACACCCCCGUCCCUUACCUGGAGUUCCGAUACAAGAGGCGCGUCUAUUCCCAGCCCCUGUUGGACGACAAGCAGUUCGCCAAGCUGCACACGAAGGCAAAUCUGAAGAAAUUUAUGGACUAUGUGCAGAGCCUGAGUGUGGAGAAGGUCAGCCGGUUGGUGGAGAAAGGACUGGACCCCAACUUUCAUGACCCGGACACUGGAGAAUGCCCCCUGACCAUGAGUGCCCAGCUGGAGUUGUGUGCCGAGAUGAUCAAAGCCUUGAAGAGCGGUGGUGCCCACUUGGACUUCCGAACCCGCGAAGGGAUGACGGCUCUGCACAAGGCCGUCCGAUGCCGGAAUCACACUGCCCUGCGGACGCUGCUCGACCUGGGUGCCUCUACGGAUUACAAGGACAGCCGGGGGCUGACCCCCCUGUACCACAGUGUCAUGGUGGGGGGGGACCCCUACUGCUGCGAGCUCCUCCUGCACGACUACGCCAAGGUGGGCUGCAUCGAUGAGAACGGCUGGCAAGAGAUCCACCAGGCCUGCCGCUACGGACACGUCCAGCACCUGGAACACCUCCUCUUCUAUGGGGCGGACAUGACUGCCCAGAACGCCUCGGGAAACACUGCCCUGCACAUCUGCGCCCUCUACAACCAGGAGAGCUGUGCCCGGGUUCUCCUCUUCCGGGGAGCCAGCAAGGAUAUCCGGAACUACAACAGCCAGACGGCCUUCCAGGUGGCCAUCAUUGCGGGCAACUUUGAAUUGGCGGAAAUCAUCAAAACCCACAAAGAGUCCGAUGUUGUGCCUUUCCGCGAGACCCCCAGCUACACCAAGCGGCGGCGGCUGAUGGGGGCGGCCGGGCUCUCCUCCCCGCGCCUGCUCCAGCGCUCGGCCAGCGACAACAACCUGAAGGCGGAGAGCCGGCCGUCCUACUCGCCGGCGCCCUCGCUCCGCGGCCUCCCCCCGCAGCUGCUGGCCCAGUAUCUUAAUGAAAAGAAGGACCGUAGUUUGGAGAGCCAGCAAAUGCUACCACUGGCUGGCCCCAGAGUAGGGAGGGACAGCGUAACCUAUGUCUUCGUUUACAGCCCCGGCGGGAGCGGCAGCGGGCCUGGGGGGGCGCCGGGCGCCGGGCCGGGCGUGGAGCACACCCCGCACGCCGCGCCGGCUCCGCUGCGGGGCCCCAAGAAGAAGCUGUACAGCGCCGUGCCCGGCCGCCGCUUCAUCGUGGUCAAGAGCUACGCGCCGCAGGGCGAGGGCGAGAUCCAGCUCAACCGCGGAGAAGCCGUCAAGGUGCUCAGCAUCGGAGAAGGGGGCUUCUGGGAAGGAAGCGUGAAAGGACGGACUGGCUGGUUCCCGGCAGAAUGCGUGGAGGAAGUGCAGAUGCGGCAGUUCGAUUCACGACCAGAGACGAGAGAAGACCGGACCAAGAGGCUCUUCCGACAUUACACCGUGGGCUCCUACGACAACUUCACUUCACACAGCGACUACAUCAUCGAGGAGAAGGCGGCCGUUCUGCAGAAACGGGAGCAUGAGGGCUUCGGCUUCGUCCUGCGCGGCGCCAAAGCGGAAACGCCAAUCGAGGAGUUCACCCCAACGCCAGCUUUCCCGGCGCUGCAGUACCUGGAAUCGGUGGAUGUGGAGGGCGUGGCGUGGAGAGCAGGACUGCGCACAGGGGACUUCCUGAUUGAGGUGAACGGAGUGAAUGUGGUGAAGGUGGGGCACAAGCAGGUGGUCUCGCUCAUCCGCCAGGGGGGAAACCACCUGGUGAUGAAAGUGGUCUCGGUCAGUCGCAAGCCAGAGUCGGAAGACGUGGUUCGGAAGAAAGCCUCGAUGCGGAGGAGGAAAGGGGAGAAGCUGGACGAGAUCUUGGCAGCGGCUGAGCCCUCGCUGAGAGCAGACCUGGUGGAGGCAGAUUCCCGGGCAGCCACCGUGAAGCAGAGGCCCACCAGCCGGCGCAUCACCCCUGCAGAGAUCAGUGUGACCACAGCGAGGCUGCAACGGCCCNUCUACGACACCGUCCGCUCCAGCUUCAAGCCGGGCCUGGAGGCCAAGCUGCACGGGCUGCCGCCAGUCAUCAGCGCGGCCGAGAUGUACGACCAGGCCAGGGCCAGCAUCCCUUACCCCGAGCGGCAGAAGCGGGCGCGCUCCAUGAUCAUCCUGCAAGACUCCUCCCACAUCCCCGUGGAGCCCACCGACAUCCCCCGGCCAGGCCCCUCGGCCACCCCGCCGGAGAAGCUGAAGCGGAAGGGGCGCGGGGCGGACAACCCCUACGCCAACAUGGGCCAGUUCAAUGUCAGCCUCUUCGCCCCCACCAAGCCCCAGCGCAAGAAGAGCCCCCUGGUCAAGCAGCUGCAAGUGGAGGACGCGCAGGAGCGGGCGGCACUCUCCGUGGCUGGGGGCUUCCCCCGGGAGCCCUCCCCCACCCGGCGGGGCCACCGCCUGAGCGGGAUGGACUUCACCUCCCAGCAAGUGGAGACCGCCAGCCUGCCCUUUGCCACGGCGGUCGCGGGGGCCAUGAAAGAGCGAGACCGGCGCCUUGAUGAGAAGCGGAAAUCCACUGUCUUCCUUUCCGUGGGGGCCAUAGAGGGGAGCCCCCCCACCAUCGACAUGCCAUCGCUGCAGCAAUCCCGGUCCAUCGACGAGCGUCUGCUGGGCAGCCGGGACGUCCUGCUGCCUUCCCCCGUCUCCGCUCUAAAGCCAUUCCUCAGCAGCCCCUCGUCGACCUUCAUCCACCCUCUGACGGGGAAGCCCCUCGACCCCAACUCCCCCCUGGCGCUGGCGCUGGCCGCGAGAGAGAGAGCCCUCUCCACCCAGGUCUCCUCCCGAGUGGCCACCCCCAUCCACAGCCCCGACUCCGACCGGGCGGCCCCCUUGUUUGUGGACAUCCAAACCAAAGAGCAAGAGAGGGGGGAGCUGGAAGGCCGGGGGUCCCCCGCCUAUUCUCCAGGGUCCAAGGCGCCUACACCCAGCUCUCUGACCCCUACCCAGAGCCCCUGGGGAAUGCCCGGAAGUGCGAGGAAGGAGGGCGAGGCACGGACCGAGACUCCGGUGAAGGAGGUGGAGGAGAAGAAGGUGGAGGAGAGGAAAGCCAUGAUCCUCAGCAUCAUGGACACCUCGCAGCAGAAGACGGCCGGCCUCAUCAUGGUGCACGCCACGAGCAACGGGCAGGACCUGGGCUUCGACAUGAAGGAGGAGAAAACCCCUGUCCCAGAGCGGGGGCCGGAGCCGGGGGAGGUGUCCAUGAUGGAGGCCCAGCCCAGUCCCGUGGGGAAGGCGCCCGUCAGCCCAGCCUUGGACAAGACGUUCGGACAAGGGAGCUCGGAGGAGGACGUGGAGACGUACACGGUCACUCUGCCCCCCGCGCAGCUCUCCUCCAGUGACGAGGAGACCAGGGAGGAGCUGGCGAAGAUUGGCCUGGUGCCGCCACCCGACGAGUUUGCAAACGGGGUACUGGUCACCACCGCUGGCACACCUCUCAGCCAACUGGCUGCUCCAGCCAUCGCCCCGCCAUCCGUGCCAGCGGCAGCGGCCCUGCCUUCUACCACUGGUGGAACACCCUCAGGGAAGCCCUCUGAUGCCCCCACCGCCCCCGAGUCUGCCGCAGACUCCGGGGUGGAAGAGGUGGACACCAGAAGUUCAAGUGACCAUCACCUGGAGACCACAAGCACCAUCUCCACCGUCUCCAGCAUGUCCACGCUGUCCUCCGAGAGCGGGGAGCCCACCGACACCUACACCUCCUUCGCGGAUGGGCACACUUUUGUACUCGAGAAGCCGCCAGUGCCUCCAAAGCCGAAACUCAAGUCCCAGACCAGCAAGGGGCCGGUAACCUUCAGGGACCCACUUUUGAAGCAGUCCUCGGACAGCGAGCUCAUCUCCCAGCAACACACGGCCAUCCUGGCGUCCGCCAGCGUCGGCCGGCCACGCUACCUCUUCCAGCGAAGGUCCAAGCUGUGGGGGGACCCCCUGGACAGCAGGCCCCUCCACGGGCCGGAAGACGACAAGCCAACUGUGAUCAGCGAGCUGAGCUCCCGCCUGCAGCAGCUCAACAAGGACACCCGCUCCCUGGGGGAGGAGCCCGCCGGGGGCGUCAUCGACCCUGGAAAGAAGACCCCCAUGGUGGCAGCACGACUUUUCAGUAGUUUAGGAGAACUAAGCACCAUUUCCCAGCGCAGCUCCGGCACCACCUACACCGUGCGUCCUGGCAGCCGCUACCCUGUGACCCGUCGCACUCCCAGUCCGGUAAAGCCUGCCCUGGAUAGGACAGACCCCCUGAGCACCGUCCGGCCCUACGGGCUGACCCCGCCCACCAUCCUCAAAUCUUCCAGCCUCUCCAUCCCCCACGAACCCAAGGAGGUGCGCUUCGUGGUGCGCAGCGUCAGUGCCCGGAGCCGCUCCCCCUCCCCCUCCCCUUCCCCGGGGCCCCCCCUGCACUCCCUCCACCCCCUGCGGCCCUUCAUGCAGAAGCCCCUCCAGCUCUGGAACAAGUACGACGUGGGGGACUGGCUGGAGAGCAUUAACCUGGUGGAGCACAGAGACAAAUUCGAGGACAACGAGAUUGAGGGCACCCACCUGCCCGCCCUGACCAAGGAGGACUUUGUGGAGCUGGGGGUGACGCGGGUGGGGCACCGCAUGAACAUUGAGCGGGCACUCAAGCAGCUGGCAGAAAGCUGA